AUGUUCUCGAAGUCUAGAAAAAGAGGAGGUAAAGAAAAAUGGUGUGGUAAAUGCAAAAAGAAAAACUCUAGAAAAAGUGGCGAGAAGGUGACAUGUUUUAAGUGUGUAAAGCCUGAUCAUUACGCCGACGAAUGUCCAUUCAAUGAAAAGGUAUGGUACGAAUGUAAUGAGGAAGGGCACUUCAAGCAGGACUGCCCAAAGAGGGAAGAAGCUACAAAGCCAAAUGUAACGUUGAAGCAUUAUGAUGGAUGCGACGAAGAGGUGACUUGUUACAAAUGUGGAAAGACAGGGCAUUACGCCAACAAGUGUGUAUCCAAAGAGAGGGUGUGCUAUGAAUGUCGAAAAGAAGGGCAUUUAUCUAGGGAUUGCCCGAAGAAGAAUGAAGGAGCAAGACCAAAUACACUGCCACAGCCGAGGGCAGGAGCAUUUCAAAUGAUCCUUGACAAAGCAGACAAUAUUGUGAGGAAUCAAGGAGGAGGAUUUUAUAUCCAAAGAUUAAGUUAUCAAGUAGCAGGGUGA